AUGCCCAGAAUUUUGAAAUAUCGCGUGCUGAAAAAACCCCCACUGGAUAUUCCGCAAUUUUGCAGAGUUUGUGCCGAUGCUGGGACUAGACGCUACAUGCCUCGCUUACACUGUCAAUCAACUACCAUGGUUCAAGACGGCGAAGCGACGGUAAACUUCGUUGCCUGCUCUCUCAUGUCUGUUGAAGACAACUGCGUCCUUCAUCCGCUCAACUUGCAUGAUUUGCACAUUCACAUAAGCCCUUCCGGUAAAAGAUCAUCUCUUACUCUACACCAUGCUUAUUCCCCCUCCACCUCAGCAACAAUAAUCCCAGUAUGUGAAAGGCAAGCAAUAGUCAGAAGUCCAGUGGAGACGCUUAUUCACAGUCACUGCUCUGAAAUCCGACGGCUGUCAAUUCGUUUAUGCAAACCUGAAAGUAAUCAGAGCAAAAUUGAUUACUUUCAACAUCUUCCGUCUUUGGUCCGGGAUCAUUUCCUCCCUGCCCUCGAAAAAUGCGGACCGAAUCUGCGGUAUUUGGAAGUGUCCGCUGAGCUCAUUUGGGCCUGUUGCUCAGAUGUGUCAACUAGACAGAGGCUUCUUCACCUGCAGGGCAAGUGCGUAAAUGUUCGUAAGGUGACAAUGAUUGCCAGUUUUGUCCUACUACUGGUUAAUCAGCAAAUACGUCCAUCUGCGAAGGAUAUUUGUACCUACUUGAAUAUCUUUCCCUCACUAGAGAAAGUGCGCAUUGUCACUGUGGACAUAUUCCACGACCGGACAAUUCACGAGAUUCUGGCUACCUGCCCUCACCUUCGAAGACUCUACAUUUUCUCCCUGAGGACUCUUACCUUCGAUUUCACCACAUUACCACCAGCUACUGCCCUCGAGCUUCUUUUCCUGGAGUUCAGUAGGCUUUCUGUGGAUAAUGAUUUCCUGAUACUUUUAAACGAGACACUUGCCAAUCUUCGCUCCGUCAAAUACCUUCUGCUGAAAUUUGCGUAUGGCACCUAUCCUCGCGUGCAGACACUGAAACCCUUCUUCGCAAAUAGGCCUGAUCUGCGGUGGCUGGUUAUGGUGUUUCACAAAGGCAACAAGGUACUCUUGUGCUAUGCAGACCAGGACCGUAGAGUGGGCCUAAAAAUUAUUGAGGAUCCUGCCUUCCAACUGGGAAAUCUGAUCCAUACCUAUCCAGAGCUUUAUGAUAUAUUUUGGAGCGAGUUCCACAAGUUCUCUGAGUGUUUACUUUACUAA